CUUCUUGUUCUUCAAUAUGGGUGAUGAACUAAGAGAUUUGUACUAUCAUCAACCAUUUCAAGAAGAUAUUAGGCAUGAUUCUUCAAUGGUUCAAAAUAUACAUAUGCUUGAUCCUUCUUUUAUGAGCUAUACUAGUGAGUAUUUACAUGGAUCAAGUAGUGAUUAUAUUACUAAUAAUUCACUUGGAAAACCCUUUGGAUUUUCAACACCAUCUCCACUUUCUUCACUUAAAGAUGAUGAUAUUAUAAAACAAGAUCAUAUGGAUGCUAAUGUUAAUUAUAUUAACAAUAAUGAUGUUGUUGUUGGAGGAGGAGGAAGUGAAACCCCAGUUACACCAAACUCUUCAAUCUCAAAUUCUUCAUCUAAUGGUGAUCAUGAUGAUUCUAACAAGAAAGAUAAACAAGUCAAGGAUGAAACAUUAGAAGAUGGUGAAGAUGCAUCCAAAAAAGAGAGUAAAGCAAAAAAGAAGGGAGAAAAGAAGCAGAGGCCACCAAAAUUUGCAUUCAUGACAAAGAGUGAAGUUGAUCAUCUUGAAGAUGGAUAUAGAUGGAGGAAAUAUGGACAAAAGGCUGUUAAGAAUAGCCCUUACCCAAGAAGCUAUUAUAGGUGCACAAGUCAAAAAUGUCAAGUGAAGAAGCGUGUGGAGAGGUCAUAUCAAGAUCCAUCCAUUGUUAUCACAACAUAUGAAGGUCAACACAACCAUCAUUUACCAGCUACUCUCCGCGGUAGCGUUGCAAGAAUGUUGAAUCCUUCCAUGUUAGCUCAACCAUCACCAUUAAUGGCACCACAAGCAAGUUUUCAUCAAGAAUUCAUCAUGUCACAAAUGCCUCAAUUUUAUGGACAUGCCAAUGCUUUUGCAAAUUCCUCUAUGUAUCAUCAUCAACAACAGAUGCAGCUACCUCAUUCUCAUCAUGAUUAUGGACUUCUACAAGACAUGGUUCCUUCUAUGUUUAAUCUUAAACAAGAACCAUGAGGCUUUGAGCUCUAAUUAACCCUACUUGAAACUUUAUAGCUACUUAAUUUUCUUUCUUUCUUUUUUUGUAGUAAUAAUUUAGAGAUAUUAUAGAUGGACUCUUCCUUAAUUAUCUCAUGUAUUAUAUAUAUAUAUUAGUACUUCACCAUCAUAUAUAUACUAUAUCUAAUUUCUCUU